GCGGUCAUAGAGAACUCGAAACUGGACUAUUUCAAGCAAGAAUACACAGGUGAGAGGUCGGAGACAGUGGAAACGUGAAACCCAGCGUGAAACCAUAAAAUUCUGGAAGCGAUGGUUUUCUACCACGAGUGAUCUCAAGCCAAGUCAGGUCAAGUCAAGUAACGUUUUUUAAAUUCGGUAAAAACAUCAGGCAUAUAACUAAUUUUAAAUUCUACGCUAUUCUUGUAAUAUAUAUCUAGCUGGAUUUAUGAAAACCGCACCAACUGGCUCCUCGGGGCCACACACCUUAAACCUACUCAACUAAAGUGAAUAUUGCCAAGAAACUCAGCUCUUACCCAUGGUUCUCUUAAGGUGACUCUCUUCUCGGUUCCUGAUUAGCAUAGAAACAUUCAAAGUCCAUCAAAAAGACACUCUGGACUUGGCCAUACACUCUAGCUGUGUGAAGGCUCUACAUGACGGAUAUGGUAGCCAAAUAGUAGCAAAAUUCAAGAGAGAAAAUAUAUGUCAAAAUCAACAACUUGAUACCUAAUUCAACAAAUAUUUCUCAACAUCAACACCAACUUUAAGAACAUUAUCACCGUCAACGUCAGCUUUUCAACUUCAACAUUGCAAUCAGUCUUAAAUGAACGACGACAAAUCGCAACAACAAAAACCAUGUUGCUUCACUAUCAACUCUUUCUGAUUUUCAAAUUAAGUCACGAACCAAAAGCUUUCAAGAUCAACAAACAAAAAUUUGUGUCAACAAAUUGGGUCCGAGUUGGCCCCUUGUUACCGCGAGGGACUUGGAAACUAAAUACCUGUCCGUAUGAGCAAGAUGGCGGAUGGCAGUGAUCGCCGUAAGGUCCGUGGAACAGAGAGCGAGUUUAUUCUUUACAGAUUUAGAAGAGUUGUUUUGUGAAUAUGAGCAGCAUCAGUCAGCGAGUGACAUUUCUUUAAAGGAAAACUUAACUAUUCGAUUGGAAAAUGCAGUCCAAGCUUUGCAAAAUCUAUCUCCAUUUGUAUCAGACGCCAACAGUGAAGCAGUUCUCGAAGUGACCAGGAAUUUUCAGUUGAUCUUUUGGAACUGCUAUCGAAGGUGUGAAUUUCCGAGUUGAACAAGAUGCUCACAAGUAGCUGUUUUGUCCCUUUCUUCACGAAAUAGAGUAGUUAAUGGACAAGUUGGAAGGCCAAAAUAUGACAUAAAGGAAGAGACAUUGAUUGAGCUCCGUUCUCUGGGUUUCAGUUGGGAAGAUAUCGCUCGCAUGUUGCUUGUCUCACGCUGGACAGUUCACCGCAGAGUAUCCGACUUUGGUCUCAACCACCUGCCACGCUUUAGUGACGUCGCUGAUGAACAAUUGGACAGCAAAGUAAGUGCAUUCCAGAGAACAUGGCUGUUUAGUCGGUUCUUCAAUGGUUUUAGGCCAAUUGAGAUCUGA